AUGUCUCACAGCGAUGAAGGCCCGGGACCCCAGCUCUCAGUGGAGCUUUUAAAGUCAAUAUGGACCACCCAACAAGCCUCUGAUUCUGAGGUCUCCUCCCAUGGUGACGACAUCCCCGCAAAUUUCGAUGGCGGAAAACGCAAGCGACGGGACACUGAGUCGUUGCAAGAGUCGCCAUCUUCGCUGUUGGGGAGCGAUGAUAGAGCAGUUAUCCCGUUCGAGUCUGUCAAAUUGAAACGAUUACAACGAGCGAAACGAGUGGCUAGCGAAGCAGUCCGCGACAGUCGGGGUCGAAAGGAUAUCUAUCUUAUUCCAAACACACCGAAAGCCCCGCAACGUUUCACGCGAAAUCCAAGGCAGAAUACUCUACCGAAAGUCGGGGGUCAUGAUGAUUCAGAUAACGAGCUGAGCGAACAGGACAAUUUAAGGGGAAAGAAUGGGUAUUAUCGCGCGAGGCCCAAUUAUUCCCUGCAAGUUAGUAGCGAUGAGCAAUUUUCAGCUAGCGGGGAGGGUUCUGAUGCCUGGUCUGAAAAGGAAUCUGAAGAUGAAACUGAAGACGAAGAGAAACGGGAUGAGGAUGACAAAAGCCUACGAGAAGAUGAAAAGCAUGCUGAGAACAAGGGACGCGAACAACCCAAAUAUGCAGAAUCUACCUCAAAUCACAGCGCUCUGCGGCGUUCAUCCAGAUUAAUGGCGAAAACUGCUUCUUUGCCCCGGUCGUCGAGGCUAUCCGGCCCUCGAAGACCAAAACAUGCGUUUACAUCACCUAUUUCUCCUGGGAGAAGGAGAAUCUUGACGAGACUAGCGAAGCAAAAAUUAAGGGGCGUGGAGGUACCGGCGUCUUCGUCGAUACCUCCUUUGCGUCGGGCCCGAUAUUCAGAGUCAGAAAUUGGGAAUAGCCGUGAUGCUUCUCCAACUGAUAAAGAUUCAGGGGAUGGGAAUUCCCAACAAGCCGAAAAUCGUACUAUUGUAUCCUCACCCAAACAACCUAACAAUGGGGCAGAGGAAGAAGCAGACCUCGGUAGCCAGAACGAGAAUCAAACCUCUACCAACAAUUCACCUGAUCAUCGCAUUCAAAUUAGGCCCGGAAGCGAAAUUAAUGAGCCAAAUUUCGAGUUACAGAGCGAGCACGACAGCAAACAUGGGAGCGUCAUUGACGCCUCUGAAUUUGAAAGUGGAUCUCAGUUUGAAGAUGAAUCUAGAGAAAUAGAUUUUAAAAGUACCCCUCAUCAAGAUUCCGAUCCUGCAACCUUUUGGCCUGCCGCCACUCUUUUCGGCCAACAUACCAACUGGUCCGAUCUUCUAGCAGAAACAAAAAAGCUCACACCGGGGCUGCCCAUCACACAAAAGAAUCCUCUUUUGCGUAAAUUGCUAACAGCCAUAACACAGACCAAAGAGCUCUAUGCCGAAACCAGGGAAAUUAGAUUAGACUACCAAAAGGUUCCGGAUCACCUGUACGAAGCUGAAAAAUAUAGCUCCCAGAAGGUUGCCGAGCACGUAUCUCUCAUCUUAUCCAGAGUCCGUCUUGUUUUUGAUGAAAACGGUGAUCUUGUCACCAAUAGCCGUGACUUGGAGAGAAAACGACAAGUCGUUGAUGAAAUUAUUUCCUUUGGUGUACCUGGACUAGUAGACGUAUUGAAAUCAUGUAUCACCGCGCACUAUGUCGACCACGAACUUUCUGUUGAUGGAAUCAAACAAUUGACACAGCUGCUACAGUCACUUUCCCUGCUGUGCGAAAAGAUCCAGCCCAAGUUUUUCCGGCCCUAUAUCAAUUUCGGAGACGCGCUCCAGCGCAUCAGGGUUGUGGCUCGCUUCCUAUGGGCAGUUUUCGACAACGAAUCAAGCGAGUUACAAGCCAAGCGGCGUUUAGCAAGAUUUAACAACAUUCAGCAGCAGGGAAGGACCAGACCCAAUCGAGAUACGCCAAACAGAAAACGUCAUCGACAGGAAAUAACCUCCACGACGUCAAACGAAGAGCCGCGGGAACAUAUUUCCGUUUUAUCGAUUGAUGAAGAGUGGUCGAACGAGGAGUUAUCUGAAAAUCCAGCCGAGCCUCCCUGGACGACGGCAGAGAGCGAAGCUCUUGUAACUGGUUUAGAGAUAUAUCAAGGCCUCAAUAGGUUUACAAUGAUACUUCGCGACUUCAAAGCAGAGCUGCGUGGUCGAACUAUGGAGGACCUGCGCUUAAAGGCGCGAGAGAUUCGAGAUUCAUAUGUUGCUGCGAUGAAGCUUGAUAGCCAUAUGCUGGACCCUCGACGGUGGGGUUGGCUCUUGGAAAUUUAA